CUGAUAGACGGCACUGACUGGCAUCACUGCUGGGCACUGACUGGCGGCACUGACUGGCACAACCGCUGGGCACUGACUGGUGGCACUGACUGGCAGCACAGCUGGGCUGCACUGGUGGGUGGCACUGGUGGGCAGCACUGGUGGGUGGGCACAGGUGGGUGGCACUGGUGGGCACAGGUGGGCGGAACUUGCGGGUGGCACUGCUGGGCACCGAUCAUCAGGGCACUGAUCAUCAGUGCCCUGAUGAUCGGUGCCGAUCCCCGCUCUGACAACUGCCGGUUCUCGGCAGUACUUUCCUCACGAUCUGACAGCGUGAGGAAAGUGCAGCCGAGAACCGGCACUUGC